AUGAAAACAGAGCAAAAGAAAGCGACUGAGGAAUUGAGACUGCUACCAUCUCAUAGGAAUCCUUCACCGCCAUCAGCAAAUUGCCGCCGCUCACACAAGAGCUCGCAGCAACGCAGCAACAACACAACGCAGCAACGCAGCAGCAACCUCCCAGCAACCCAGCAGCCUGCUCCACCUCCAGCACCUCUGCCAAGGCCUCCUCCAGUCCCUCCUCCCAAGCCUCCACCUGCUCCACCUCCGGCAACACCACCAACCUCCACCAGCCCCUCCUCCUACUCUCCCGCCUGCUCCACCCCCAACUCCACUACCAGCCCCACCUCCUGCACCACCACCUGCUCCUCCACCAGCACCUCCUCCACCGCCACCCCCCUCUGCGCCUUCGCCCUCUGCCUCGCCACCCCCUCCCCCGCCACACCCCCUGCAAAUGCUCCGCCUCCCUCUCCCUCUGCCCGCAACCCCCUUCCCCCACCCCUGCAAAAGCUCCCCCUCCCUCUCCCUCUGCCCGCAACCCUCUUCCCCCACCCCUGCAAAAGCUCCCCCGCCACCCCUCCCUCUCCCUCUCCCUCUGCCGCCACCUGA